AUGGCCUCUCGAGGGUGACCUUCUCGACUUCAACAGAGGAGGGGGAAGAGGGAGUGACGGCCUUUCCCUUGUCCAUAUUCUUCGGGCGCUUAAGCGACUCAGGCACCAGAACAAACCCGGCCUCGUCUUGGGCCCUUUUGCGCGAACAUAAAGAUUUUUGCUGUUGUGCAGCUGUUGGGAUCACCACCUUCGACUUUUUCGCGGCAGUCGUCUCGACUGCCGCCCCCCUCGCACCCAACCCAGAAUCAUCGUCGGGCUGUUUCGCAGAAGAAGGGUUAACGGACUUAGCACCGCCCUUAGCUUUUUUGGUCUCGAAACGAGCUAAGGCUUUAACUGAAAAAACCAAAGGUAAAACGAUUAAAAGGGCGAUGCCGCCCCGUAGGGAACCCGAUCAUCCGGCUCCUACUCAGGCCACAGUAGUCGCACAGUUCCGCGACUAUCACGCUGAAAAAUUCUCAAGGCAGGGAGAUCCCCGCAUCGUAGAUGAAUGGAUUCAGGGCCUGGAGUUUAUCUUCGAGGUCAUGGACUGUCCUAAUAGAUAUCGCGUAGUCUGCGCUCAGCUUCAGCUCACUGGUGAUGCACGGCUCUGGUGGAAUGCCUACUGGAGCAUGCGUCCCGGUGUGAAAGCGGGAUGUACCUGGGAUAUGCUCAAGGAGCUAGUCCGCGAAAAGUACUACCCCACUUAUUAUCGGGCAGAGAUGGAGCGUCAGUUCUUAUCGCUCCAGCAGGGCACUCGUACAGUUGAUGAGUACGAGAGAGAGUUUACUAGACUUGCAGCUUUCGUUCCGGACCUGGUUCGCACGGAGGCCCAGAGAGAACAACGGUUUAUCGACGGGCUUUACCCAGCAGUCCGUCACAAUAUUGUAGGCCAUGGGACACAGACAUAUGCUCGUGCAGUUUCUAUUGCCCAGGAGGUGGACGCCAGCAUUAGGAGGGAGGCCGUCCGUGAUCGUGCCCAGCCAUCCGCCCAAGUUCAGCCAUUCACAGCUCCACCAGCUGCUCAGCCGGCAAAGGAGAAGAAGAGGAAGGGGAAGGGUGCUCAGACUGAUAGGAGGACCCGACAGAGACAGCAGCAGGCUCUAGGGCUG